CAUAGUUCUUCAUCGUUCCUUGGUUUCGUGACRAGCUAUUUUCAGAACAAAUCUUUUGUGACCUCCUCCAUCAUUCUGAAUAGGGGAAUAGGAACACAUUUCUCACAAAUCAGUUUGCUUCAUCGCAUAUCGCAAUAGUUUCUAUUUCGAAAAUGAUUAUCGUUCGAUCGAACGCUAGAGCAUCAAAAAAUACUACUGGAGGUGUAUCGGUAGCGGUGAUAGGUAGAGCAUCAAAAAAUACCGCUGGAAAUGUAUCGGUAGCGAUGAUGGGUAGAGGACAAAAGAAAUGGCGUUUUUCCUCGACAAUUGCCAUGGGCUUUUUAAUGAUUGGCCUGUCUUUCAACCUUUACAUCACGUUUUUCAUCGCCAAACAUCAACGGGCAUCUUCAAACUGGAAGGGAACACCGUCUUAUUACGAUUCCAAGGUAAUCACGUCGAUGAUGGGCAAAACCUCCACCACAGAAGUCACUCUGUACUGCAAGCAACAGCAGAAGUUACCCAAUCAACGACGGCUACAGAAACCCAAGGCAAUCGUCCACGUCGGACCACACAAGACGGGGUCGACCACUCUCCAGACGAAUGCAAGGUUUCUGCAACCCAUGGACCACUACCUCGUCCCGGAGCUCCCGGUGUUUUAUAACAAACAUUCGGUGGGCGAGGCAAAAAAUACGGCCCACCUCGCGUCCUGCAUGAAUCCAAAUCGACGCUCCGAAUCUCACCUUCUGUGCACCCCGGACAUCGAAAACUCUGUCUUGGCCGCGUUUGAGAUCUUUUUGCACGAGGCGCACUGCCAAUCCAAAAACAUCCUGCUGCUUUCGGAGGAGUUUGAUCGGCAAAAAACAGACAUUGCCAGGUUGAAAUCCUUACUAGAGCCCCGGUUCGAUGUCGAAAUCGUAGUAAACUACCGCCCAUACCACACCUGGAUCGCCUCGCUGCACAACGAGCUUUUCAAGACAGCGGCGAAACAAGGGAUUAAAGACGGAAUCACCGAACCCUAUCCUACGAUCGUGGAGUGGGUCAAGUUUAGCGAAACCAUGUCCUACUGGGAGAAGCAUCACACAGCUUCUGUCUACAAGCGAUUCAAAGAACACUUUUCAACCGUGAAGGUCAUUGAUAUGAAUCACCUCAAGACCACUGGUGUUUCGCUGGAGGAAGCCUUCUAUUGCAACGAGAUUCCCAACGCACCGAUCACUUGUGAAAAGAUACGGAACGUAACAGCAACCAAGAGUAAAAAGAAGAGGAGACAAAACCAAAGCGAGUCCCUUACCGUCUACGAUUUGAUUGGCCAGAUCCGCCAAAAGAAAUAUUUCCGAAAAAUCACACCGCCAAUUAUAGAGAUUAUUCAAAACCAGACAGCAAAACUCCUCAGUCUUGAGCAGGAAUUGCCACCUCAAGACAGAAUCAGCUUGGUUCCCAGAAGCUGUCUGCACACUAUCCAUCUGGACGCUUUGCUCGCGCUGUCGAUACAAAAAGAAACGGAACUUAAUGAGGAGCUUGAGAAGUUUCGGCAGCGGUCCAACUAUGGCUUCCACUUCGAUCCACCCACUGUAGACGAAUUGUCCGAGGCACUGACCGAGGAUUUCUUCGAAAGUGCGCAUGAGCUGUUUUGUCCCGUAAACUCUGUAUUGGUCCUCAAACGGUGGGAGACCGAAAAGUGGUUCCAAAUGCUUUUGUUGCAAGAAGAGAACCGCAAAGAGCAGGCGCGUUUAAUUGCAGAAAAAGAGAGGGAAAGAAAAGAGGCGACACAGAAAAUGGAUUGGAAAUCGAUAUUAAAGAAAGCAGUUGCAGCGCAGCCAUUCGCAUCAACUCAAGAAGAAGUGCAGCAGAAUGGAGUGCCGCUGAAAGAAUCAUAUCCGAAAUCAGGACUACCAGCACACAUUCUGCCAGAAAUACCGAUUCCGAAAUUAGGACCACCAAAAGCACCUCAAAAUCCUCUGCCUAAAGCUCCUCAGCCAAAAGCACCGAUUCCGAGAUUAGGUCAACCAAAGGCUCAGGUACCUCAACCCAAAAAGCCACCGAUUCCGGAAUUUGGACAACCAAAGGCUCAGAUACCUCAACCAAAGAAUCCUCUGCCUGAAGCUCCUCGGCCAAAAGCACCGAUUCCGAGAUUAGGUCAACCAAAGGCUCAGGUACCUCAACCCAAAAAYCCACCGAUUCCGGAAUUUGGACAACCAAAGGCUCAGAUACCUCAACCAAAAAAUAAAAAUCCUAUACCUGAAGCUCCUCAGCCAAAAGCACCGAUUCCGAAACUUGGACAACCAAAAGCAGAGUAGUAGCAGCGCCGCUAUUCGCAUCAACCCAAGAAGUAGUGCAGCAGAAUGGAGUGCCACUAAACGAAUAAUAUUCUAAAUCAGGACUACCAGAACAAAUUAUGCAAGAGGCACCAAUUCCGAAGUCAGGACCACCACAAGUACCUCAAAAUCCUUUAUCUGAAGCUACUCAGCCGAACGGAGAAAUUCCAAAAUUUGGAGAGCGAAGUGCGUUUAGUCGCACCCGCUGGUUUUGGUUUCUGCAGGACUGCGGAGUAUGCUUUUUUGGAGUUGCUUACACAGUUAUCCGACGACCGCGCUGUUCCAAAUAUCCAUCGGGAUACGACAGGUGUUGAUUCCUGUUAUUCUAUAUUUUCUGAAGUUGAAAAUUUGAAAUUCUAGAUCAAAGACGUCAUUUCAAAUAGGUAAAGAUCAGGCGAACUGCUAGAUUCAAUAGACUUCUGUAAUGAGUAUCAAAAUGUAAGCGAAUGAUUUUUCCCAUACCAACUGCAAGAUUGUCAAAUGGUAGCGAAUAGUGGCGACAUAAAGCGCAGUGUUGCACUUGAAUAUCCUUGAUCUCGUAGAAUUGUACACUAUUAAAUUUAUUGCUAUUGUCAAUGCUAUUGAUACAGUUAGCACGCAUAUUGAUUUUGUACCAAAAUUAUUGUUGGUCAAUUUUGUUUGGUGCCGUUUCUUCAUGUCGACGGAGGCACUCGUUGUGGGUCUUCUUGGAAGGCCGGGCCCUGGAGGCCGAUGCAGUACGCUGUUUCCGUGGCGUCGGCUUUCUCGUCGUCUGAAUCGCCAUCGAAUACGAAAUCGGCAAAGGCACCAGCGGCAUUCGUUCCGUCAAAUAUGUUGAAGCUUAUUGUACGGCUACCCAAAGAUUUCUUGCUGCUGUGUGAAGUGGCCAAAGGGGAUCCGGGCUCGCCCGCCCCGACGAUAUCCUGACUUCGGAAGAUGUUGUGGGUUUUGGGGGAGGUUGCCACGGUUGGCCUGCCACUCCUCCCGGGCCGUUGUGGCCCCUUGUCCUCAGCCACCGUGUUCAUUUUUCGGGUGGCGGACAUCGAUGAGAUGCUAAUGUCAAAGGAAAAACAGAGAUAGAAAAGCAGGAUCCAUAGUCCAAAGAGCCCAGCAUUGCUGGUCGACAGCACCGCAAAGACAAAGAAAGCAAUGGGCUCCGUGCUGUAGCCCGUCGUGGAAAGGGAAGACCACAACUGCUGCACCAGAAAGGGAAGAACGAUCCAGUACACCGAAAGAAGGUAUAGAGCAGACUGUUUUGCCACAUCAGCAGAGGCGAUCCGCACCGUGGCCUGGUGCUUCCUUGUUUGGAAAUAGAGGGCGAUCAUGAUAGCUGUCGGACAGAGCAAGAUCAGCAGCUGUGGAACGAUCCAGAACAUAUUGAGCGCUUUCCAUUCCUCCACCGAUGGACCCCGCUCGCAAGGCACCCCCGACUCGGGAUUGUUGCAGGCCAGGGGAUCGCUGACUGUGAGGCAAUACCCCAGCCCCACGUUGUUGAAAGCCUCGAUGCCCACCAGGUACCCAGCAGAGGCGAUCGGGAAAACGUGAACUCCUGCGUGAAUCCAUUUCUCCGCCACUAGAAGCCUCCUUUUAUCGCAGAAGUUGUUGGGAACCCCGAGCAAGCUAUAAAGCGAGAGGCAGACAUAGUAGAAGAAAACCGAGUGAAAGCUCACGUACAGCAGAACUCCCUGUACCGUGCACGUUGCCACAGUCCCGUAAUUCCCAACAGCGUCGCUGGCAUCGCUAGGGAUCGCGGCGGCUCCCCAGAUCAAGCAAACCCCUGAGACAAUGAGGUGAAUUGAGAUUCCUAGACAUUGGAAUGCCAUGAUGUAAGGAAUAAUGAAAUAGACAAACC